GUUCAUGACCGGACUCAAGAAGCCCACCUCCUUUUCCAGGAAACGCACGCGUACUUCCGGAAUCGAACCGCUCCCCCCUUUGUAAAUGAUAUCAGAUGGUCCAGUUUGCUCUUCCCAGUCAUGUGACCCUCUUUCGGGCUUGCCCAGUCAGAGAAAGUGGUACGAUCCAACUUGCAGCGGGAGGUCGGCGGCUUCUCCCAAUUUGGGCUGGUCUACGUCACGUGGGGAGGGGAGAAGAGAGGAGGAAGGAAGGAAAGAAAGUGCGGUGAAUUGUAAUCUAGCAACAGUCAUGGCGGCGUGUUGUUUUCGGCGGAGCAUUGCUGCUCAGCUUUCAGAAAUUCUGGAGAUGCCACAAGAAAACUUAAUUAAGUCAAUAUACGCUGUUCCUGUGUCCAAAAAAGGGCAUGUUGCUGAUUUUCAACUCUUCAUGAGUUCUGUGCUAGAUUCUAGCUCUAGCAAUUACUCAAGGUCAGAUAUUCAGCUUCAAGCCCAGAAGCUGGCAAAGCAGCUAAAAUGUGAUGCAGUGGUGAGUGCUGUCAGUGCAGGCGAAGGAACAGUAAACUUCACAAUAAAUCGAGAAUUAUUAGCAAAGACAGUAUUGCAGCAAGUGUUUGAGGAUGGCUCCAAGUAUGGAAUAAAGAGUGAACUUUUCUCAGGAUUACCCAAAAGAAAGUUUCUAAUUGAGUUUAGUUCACCCAACAUUGCAAAGAAGUUUCAUGUAGGUCAUUUGCGUUCUACAAUAAUAGGAAAUUUCAUAGCAAAUCUCAAAGAAGCAACUGGACAUCAUGUUACGAGAAUAAAUUACCUUGGAGAUUGGGGCAUGCAGUUUGGUUUGUUGGGAGCUGGCUUCCAGCAGUUUGGUUCUGAAGAGAAGCUAAAAUCUAAUCCUUUACGGCAUCUUUUUGAGGUUUAUGUACAGGUCAAUAAAGCAUCAGAAGAGGAGGAAAGCAUUAAAAAGCUGGCACAAAAUUUCUUUAGAAAAUUGGAGGCACAUGAAGAAAAAGCAAUGUCAUUGUGGCAACAUUUUAGAGAUGUUAGCAUUGAUGAAUAUGUCCGGAUGUACAAGCGUCUGGGAGUGCAUUUUGAUGAAUAUUCUGGAGAAUCAUUCUAUCAAGAGAAAUGUCAAGAAGUUUUGAAGAUGCUGGGCAUGAAAGGGCUCCUUAAGAAAUCAAAAGAAGGAACAGGAAUAGUUUAUCUAUCUGAAAAAGGAGACUUUUCUGCUGUAAUGCGGAGUGACGGAACCUCACUGUACCUAACAAGAGAUCUUGCUGCUGCUAUAGACAGAAUGGAAAAAAAUAAUCCUGACACUAUGAUAUAUGUGACAGAUAAAAGCCAGAUCCCUCAUUUUCAACAAGUGUUCCAAAUACUAAAGUUACUGGGUUACCAAUGGGCAGAAAGGUGCCAGCAUGUGCCAUUUGGAAAAGUUCAAGGGAUGAAGACUCGGAAAGGAGAAGUGGUUUUCCUUGAAGACGUUUUGGAUGAAGCUUGCUCCAUGGUGCUAGAAAACAGUGCUUCUGCAAAAACAACCAAAGAACUGGACAGUCCCCUUGAGACUGCUGAAAGGAUUGGGCUUGCAGCACUUAUCAUUCAGGACUUCAGGGGUCUCUUAUUGUCCGAUUAUCAGUUCAGCUGGGAUCGUACUCUCCAACGCCAAGGUGACACUGGCGUCUUCCUACAGUAUACACAUGCCAGACUGCACAGUUUAGAAGAGAUGUGUGGAACAGUCACUCAGGUGUCUUGCAUUAACCCUGCAUGUUUACAAGAUCCACAAGCUAUUUCCUUAAUUCAGCAUCUUCUCAGGUACGAUGAAAUUCUUUACAAGUCUUCACAAGAUCUUCAGCCCAGGCAUAUAGUUACCUAUCUCUUUAAACUCAGCCACUUAGCAGCUGUAGCUCAUAAAAUGCUACCUGUGAAAGACAGUGUUCCAGAAUUAGCAGAGGCAAGGCUCUGUCUGUUCCAGGCUGUUCGUUUGGUUCUGGCUAAUGGAAUGAAGCUUCUAGGAAUCACACCUGUCAAUAAAAUGUAAUGGGAAGAGUCCCUCCCUGCCUUUCUAAAAUGUUAUCCUGUCCUUGUCUUCUCUAUACCAUGUAGACCAAAGGUGGGAAAUGUAUGGCCUUUUAAGUGGUUCCUUGUCAGGACCAUUGAUACACCUUUGUGCUAUAAUAUAUACACCAAAAUGAAGGGGAACUCCUCCGUAACAGGUAUGACUCCCGACUGCCCCCAAAUGGCACAGCUAAUGGGUCAGGGCUGUUUAGAGUUGCAGUCUAAACAGCACCCUGCUGUAGAGAAUGCCUCAAAAACCACACCCGAUUUUUCCCCAAAUGUUCUGGCUAUGGUAUUCUGCCUUCUAAAAUGAACUCAAGGUCUUAGUUGCAUAUACUUGUCCAUAGCCUGCUAGCAGUUGCAAAAGAGCGACAAAGUCUUGAAGAAGCUACUUGUGCUUACUGUAACACCUUGAUACAGACUUAUAUCCACCAUACUGUACAACAUGAACAGUACCUCUGUCUCCGUGGUUCUGCUGUGGAAAUGCGAGGAAACCAGCAGCCACGUUCAAGAUCUUAACUUCUUUUUCUCUGUGGUAAAGGAAGGGGAGGAGCGGUGGUCUCAGAAAAGUUAGAUGCUCUGCUGGCAUGUUUUUUGAGUCAGAAAAAAUGCUAUUUUUCUCAAGAUGUUGAGAGUGGGGAAAAAGUAGCUUGCAAAGCACAAAGAAAUGUCAACCCUGCUUAUUUCCUCCAUAUCUUCCUCCACCAAAACAUUUCUGUUGUUAAGCUUCUUUUUACUGGUUUGUACUCGUCUUCCUACUUUUUUUUGUCCUUUUCCUCCUCCUCUGAUGCCUAAUAAAGGCAGGAUCGUUGCACACAGCAUUAGCAACUAAAGAACAGAUCCCUUUUCCUAGUUACCAUUUUUUUCUUUUGUCUGGAUUAUUCUUAUGAGAGGGAUUUGUCCUUUCAUUUUCUCCCCUUUCUUCAAAGAAUCGCAAGGAUGGGGUUUACUAUCCUUAUUAUAAAACAAAUUUAACAGUAAAAUGUAAAAAAUGCAAGCCCUCAAGGCACCUAUAGCAAGGGCUCUCCUCGUAAGUCUGAUAUACAUUGUGCUUGUGCACCUAGUCCACAGUAAAGCAGAUCUUAAAUAUACCAGCCUUGCCCUCUUUUAUUUCACAUGGACGAUGCAUCCUAGAAAAGUAAUGCUCGGUG